AUGGUUCCUAAGUUACUCUCAACAGCUUGAACCAGGAUCUCACUGAUGCAUGGGCUGUGUCCAUAGCUCCACGUACGAGGAUACAAAUGUUCAUCGCGAGGUCGAUAUGGUUGCGAACGAACCCCCUCGUAGUAUCUCGCAGACGAUGCCCUCGCCAUACACAGGAGUCCUCCCUGCAGUCUCAACCCCAAGAUUCCCUAUCGAUAGUCUACCAGGCGAAGUCAUUUCACAAUUCGCCCUGCACGUUCCUUCUGUCAAAGAUAUCAUAUCACUAUCUUUGACAAACCACACUAUUCGCAACGCCUUGUACACACCAGCAAUCCACAAAGAGCGCGUUGCAAGUCGUGGGUGGGACGUGUACGGAUGGAACGAGAGCCUUUCAGAUGUCGCCCUGUACGAAUGUCGAGUUCAGAUGUGGCAGAAAAUUGACUGGGCGCACGAGAACUUGCAACGCCUACUGAACAAGGGGAUUAACGAUAUUUUGCCGGCCUUAACACUUACACUUGAAGCAUGCAUUGGCAAGGUAUUUACUCCUCCUCACGAGGUUCUGUCUUGGACUAUCAAUAUCAUGGAACUCGCCCCUUUAGCUUUCGAUGAUCAUCGUCCUAAUACUCGUUCACGAGUGAUGACUGGCGAUUCUCAGAAGUUAUGGCCAGUUGUAUUUCGUGCGCUCGACUUGGCAAGUCAACCGUCGGAGUUCUCAAUCAGCGUGCAGACCGAUCCUUUCUAUUCGAUCCAUCGCACGUCUCUGGCGUCUGUGAUACCACUUCACCGUGCAUUAUUUCACCUUGUUUCCCUACUUUCCGCCCAGAACCUGAGCGUUGUCCGUUCGCUGUUCGGCGACAUGUUUGAGACUCCCUACCCAAAAUAUCACACGUUCAGGCGCUUGAAAUUACCCAGCACUGCGGCACACUCGAUGCGUUUCUCGAGGUCCAUCAUGUCUCUAGCUAUUCUUUGGGUGAACCUACUACUCAAUCCCAAUCUACCGACUUCUAUCUUCAGCGUCCGUGUGCCCUGUCAUUCACAAAAACCCAUCGCCGUCGGAAAAUGGCGUGAGGUAGAUGGCUUCCCACUUAACGCCAUGAAAGACGAUGCGCGCUGGGUAGGAUACUACAGCUAUAACUUCAAUGGAUCCUUCCGGAUCGAUCCCCCCGUACAUAUGUCUUUCAACUCCGUCCAAUGGAAUUCACAUCAGGCCUCUUUCAAGGCGACAGGAGCUGAUAGAGUCGGCUCUUUCGAUUUAAAUGGAACAGUAUUGCUUGAUGAGGGACGUGUUGGUGCAAAGAAGAAGUAUACUGAUCCUGAUGGACCUAUGUGGCUCUGGGACGGUAUGGUGCUCCCGUGGGGCAUGGUUGGUACCUGGGGCCAAGGAGAUGGCUAUGGCUGGUGGUGGAUAUGGCCUGAGCAAGUUUAAUGCGAGUAAAUUCCCCCUCUCUUGGUACUACAGGCUAAAUGCUAUAUAUAUAUUUCAUUUCCUUUGCUGUCACCCUGACCCCACGUGUGGAUAUGGAAAAAAUGGAAAUUACUCAACAGAGACGAAGCCAACUGUGAGAUCGAUAUACAAAACGAAAGCAGGUGAAGAGCGAACGAGAGCAAGGAACGUCACGGGAAGCACGAAACCAAAAAAACCCUAUAUGCACACGAAAACCUGUAGUUAUGCCUAGCCUUGCACGUUCCAGUCGUCGAGCCAUGACGUGCUUUUCCAUUUAGGAUACUCAAGACUCAUUGUGUCUCUUGAAUAUCCCAUCUCCACUACGACUGAGGCAUUGUUGUGAUCAUCACGUGUCCUGGCGACUGCGCUGAUGUCUUGUAAAACAGCGGGGCUGCUGUGGAUAUCAAAGGAUCUACGGGUUUCCUCGAUAUGACAGUGUGAGGAUGUAUCCUGCGCCGUUGACGAUACCGGCUCUCCAUGAGGUACACAAUUUUGCGACAAGGGCCUCCCCUGUAUCGGUCGUUUCAUUGAAGGCAUGCCAGAGACAGCCGGGUCGAUGGGCGUAAUUUCCGAAAGAUUAGGGAUGAUAUUGGUUAGCCGAUCACGCUCCGCGGCAAGUGAACGGAUGCUGAGCAUCAAUGCUGAACCCUGCCAGCAAAUAUAAAGAUCGUUUCCAGUUCC